UCCAACAUGGCGACGUAGGGACGUUGUUAUUGUUUCCUUGCUCAUACAAGCUUUUGUAGUACGAUGGGAAAUACAUAGAAAAGCAGCCAAGUUGGUCUAUUUGGGCAUGAGAGGAAGAACCGGAGAUAAUGCUAAGAUCCACCGGCUUCUUCCGAGGGAUUGACUGUCCGUUUUACACGGAGUAUAACGAGAGUAAAGGUAGUAGAAAUGGGUGUAACAGACCGUACUGUCACUUCAGGCACAGCCAGCAGGGACGGCUGUCCUAUGGACUACCAGCAGAUGUUAAAAAGCGAGACCGCCACUCCGCACAGAGAGAACAAGGUUAUGAUCCCUUCAACCCAGAAGUAGUGAGGCCUCAGGAGCAGCAAAAUGGACAGACGGCCACCCCAGGAGACAUCAGUGGUGUGUUGGAGCGGGUCAACAGGGCCAUUGAGGAGGUCCGCUGUGAGGUGGAGUGGGAGAAGAGGAAGCUCUCUCAGAUUGGGGAUGAACUGUAUGAUCACACCGAGAGUAGUAGUUUGUCUUCAGCCAAUGCUGCUAAAAGUAAAACAGCAGCUUCACACUUGCCCUAUGAUCCUGGGAGCUAUCAGAUGACAUCGGGAGGGUAUAAUCCCACUCCUAGCUGCAGCAAGUACACCUUGGAUUCAGACAACAAGGGGAGCACAGGUAACUCAAUGGAAUAUGUCCCUACUUCACUGAAAAAACCUGUUACUCAGACACUCAGUCAUGAAGUCCCCUCUUCUCCCAGCCCAAAAUAUUCAAACAGCAUAUCCUCCUCUAAAUGUAAAUACACUGUGGACAGUUCUAGACCAUCUACAGAUACUGUUAAGACCGAGGGGAACAAGACACGCAUACCAACAGUGUCUGAUUUGUCAGACGAGGAGUAUAUUAUAGCUGUGAAAAAGCCACGGCUGCAGAAUGCGGACACAAAUAAGUACACUUUCUCUGACUCUGAUGGGGAGAGCUCUGGAACAGAGUACCGACCCACCUCUCUUAGCAAUCUCCAGCAAAGAAAAGGCACCACUUGGUCAGUGGGAGGUGCUUUUGGGAAGGAGAGAAAAGAGAGAACUGGAAGUAUGCACAAUGCACUGACACAGAAAAGUACAGUGGACUUGACACAGGACUCGGACAUCCAGGAAUAUAUUAAACAGAAGGACAACCUACAGAAAAAGAAAGUGACUGGUGGGACUAGCCAUGAGAAAAUUGCAAAAAAAUUACAAAAACUUGAAAAGGAAGUAACAAAAACAUCUGAUAGCAAGAGUGGCAGUAAGGACAGAGGUUCAAUAAAGAACACAAACCAAGACUUUGCAAAGAAGGAGAACAAGAGUCAUGGAAAGAGAGAUGAUAGGAAAGACACAUUUAAGGUUAAAGUAUCUGAUAAAGUUCAUAGAGGAGAGAAGAGAAGUGAUGGUAAGAUCAAAACUGUGGAAAAAGUUAAAACAGAUUCUAGAAAUCAAAGUAAAGAUGCAGAAAAUGGUGCAAAGGAAAGUAAACUUUAUACAUCAGACAAGGAAAAGGAACACAGAAAGUAUAAAGACCACCAACUCAAAAAUGGCAAAUUUAAUAACACUUUAAGUGAAAAGAAUGUGAAGAAAAUUAGUAAAAGCAGUUCUAGUAGUGGGAGGAGUAACAGUAAAGGCAGUUCUGCAAAAGACAUAGAUAAAAUGAAUCAAAAUAUCAAGUCACCAAAUAGGAAAAGACAUGAGGAGAAACGACAAAGUCUGAAACUGAGCCAUGCUGAUCUGUUUGGAGAUGAGAGUCCAGAUGAGGCUAAACCAAUGGAGGUGGACAAUGAUGAUGAUGAUGAUGAAGCAGAAGAAGUGCUGGUGAGGAAAUCGGCUGAUGCUUUAAAGGGGAGACGACUGAACAAGAGGAAAGCAUCAGAACUGAUCAUGUCAUGCUCUCACAAUGAGAGCGGCCGCGGUCUAGAGGGCAGCAGGACAGGCAAGGACGAGGUUGAUGAUGUUGAAAUCGACUUCUUCAGUCUCCAGGAUGACCUGGACUUUGACUCAGACCCUAUGGAGGAGUGUUUGAGGAUCUUCAAUGAAUCCAAUGAUGUGAAGAGGGAAGACAAGGGAAGGCAAACUAAACAGCCCUCUAAGGAUUCAGAGGAGGAGAAAAGCAUAGAGAGCACUUUAACCACUCUUUUCCCCGGUCAGAAGAAGAGAGUCUCCCAUUUUGUUGCCAAAGGAAAUACUGAUACACCUUCUAAGACGGUGGUGCGGCCGUACAAGAGACCCACAGCCCAGGAGGUCUGCUACCAGCGCAUGCAGAUGGCACAGCAGCAGGCUGCUCAGCUUUCUGCUUCAGUCAAAACUGCCUCACAGAGCUUCAGCCCCAGCUUCUCUGGGGAAAGGAAGAGAAUAGCACACCGUCCCAACCCACAGAUAGCAGCCCCCAAAACAAGUCUGGCAGACACUAAACCAACUGCCAGUCAAGUAUCAUCCCCGAGCCGGACUCAUCAGGCUGUCAAGGCUCAAACCACUGCUGGUAUUUUGUCAAAGACCAUGUCCACUGCUACGCAGAAGAGGCUAGCACACACACCAACCAUGAAGAGUACUUCAAUGAAGCGCCCUGUUAUCCCUGCUGAGUUUGGGGCCAAAGUCCCUACAAACAUUCGUCAGCGCUACCUCAACACCUUCAUAGAUGAAUGUGUCAAAUUUUGCCCGUCGGAGGACUUUGCCUUCCAGAUGGCCCUUGAUGAGGAGAAACUGGUGUAUGAGCGUAGUAGCAGCAAGAACAUCUACCUCAAUGUAGCUGUCAACACACUGAAAAAGUUGCGCAACAAGAGCAGCUCCUGUUCAUCGCCAGUCACCAAGGAGCCCGGGCCAGUUGCUAACAGGAAGGCCCAGUCCCAUGAGGAUGUUCUAGGGGGUCGUCUUGCUGCUACAACCAGCUUCACCAUCAACAGGAUGGGUAAACAGCAAGAAGAAAAACUCUCCGGAGCCACACUGUACAGGAAGCUGAAGGCAUACCUGAUGACAGAGGAAGAGCUCCUGGAACACGGCUACCCGAGAGCAAGCCCGAAGGGUGCGGGUAAAGCCUCUGUAUUCAACCCUGGGGAGAAAAAGAUUGUUACAGAUCCAUUCAACAAGAUAUGCUGUCGAUGUGGAGCAGAGUAUAAGAUCAAUGGCAAUGGCAGCUGUAUACGGAAAGAGGAAUGUAAUUAUCACUGGGGACGUUUACACAGAAAUAAAGUUGCUGGAGGCUGGGAAACAAACUACAGCUGCUGUGCUGCGGCCGUGGGUUCUCCGGGUUGCCAAGUUUCCAAGCAACAUGUGCAGGAUGGGCGUAAAGAGUCACUGGACAACUAUGUCUCAACGUUCAGUAAAUCUCUGCCACCGGACGGAAAUGGAGGUGUGUUUGCAUUGGACUGCGAGAUGUGUUACACAAAGCAGGGCCUGGAACUGACGAGGGUGACCGUCAUUGAUCCUGACAUGAAAGUUAUUUACGACACAUUUGUCAAACCUGAAAGCAAAGUAGUCGACUACAACACUCGAUUUUCAGGUGUGACGGAGGAGGACUUGGAGAGCACCACCAUUACCCUGAGAGAUGUUCAGGCUGUACUGCUCAGUAUGUUCAGUGCUGAAUCCAUCCUCAUAGGACACAGUCUGGAGAGCGACCUGCUUGCUUUGAAGUUAAUCCACAGUUUUGUUGUAGACACAGCCGUUGUGUUCCCUCAUCGCCUCGGCUUGCCCUACAAACGUGCCUUGAAGAGCUUGAUGGCCGACCACCUCAAACGCAUCAUCCAGGACAAUGUGGAAGGCCACGACUCAAGCGAAGAUGCAUCUGCCUGCAUGGAGCUGAUGAUGUGGAAGAUCAAGGAGGAUGCAAAGGUGAAAAGAUGACCUCUGAUCGCUCUACUUCGCUUUCUUAUUGACUUCCUGCCUUCAUGUUAGUUGCCACGAGAUGCAGAUGUUCAGGA